ACAGCGACUGCCAAAGAUCCAACCCUCUUAUAAACCCAAACACACUGAAUCAAAAUCUCCAUCUCUCUCUCUUCCCCUCCAUCCGUCCGCCACAGUGAGUCAGUGAGAAGAAACUUCGCUACUAGUUCAGGUAUGGAGAAAACAAUCAGCUGGGUGUUGCUGGCGGCGGCGCUGAUCCUGGCUUUUGGGUGCUCCAAGGGGGAAUGCAAGGUGGGCGAUAAAUGUUCAUCGGACCAAGAUUGUGGAGCGGGGCUCUACUGUUUCAGUUGCCUGAAGAAAGUAACGGCCGGCGCCAUUUGCGUUCGAUCCACCACCACAAACCAGUUCCAGCUCCUGAACAAUUCUCUGCCAUUCAACAAGUAUGCAUUCUUGACAACCCACAAUGCAUUCGCCAUCGACGGUUAUCCGCAACACACUCCGAUACCUCGAGUCACCGAAACCAAUCAGGAAGACAGCAUCACCACCCAGCUUAACAACGGAGUCAGGGCAUUGAUGCUCGACGUCUACGAUUUCCAAGGCGACGUUUGGAUGUGCCAUUCCUUCAGCGGCAAGUGCUACGAUUUCACUGCCUUCGGUCCAGCAAUUGACUUCUUGAAGGAGAUCGAAGGCUUCAUGUCGGCAAACCCAUCGGAGAUCGUCACCAUCAUCCUCGAAGACUACGUCAACGCCGACAAAGGCCUGACCAAAGUCUUCACCGACGCCGGUCUCAUGAACUACUGGUUCCCUGUCUCCGGCAUGCCCAAGAACGGCGGGGACUGGCCGCUGGUCAGCGACAUGGUGAAGAACGACCAGCGCCUGCUCGUCUUCACCUCGAUUUCGUCCAAGGAAUCGAGCGAGGGCAUCGCUUACCAGUGGAAUUACAUGGUCGAGAAUCAAUGUAAAGUGUUUUCAGUUCAUGGAUUGAGUGAGCUUUAAUUAACUCGUUGAGAUGGCAGAGGAGAAGGACUUGAUUGUCAAAUUUUUUUUUAUUGGGGGAGCAGAUGGGGAUGGAGGGAUGAAAUCGGGUAGCUGCCCGAACCGGGCGGAAUCUUCGGGUAUGAACGACACGACGAAGUCGCUUGUGCUGAUGAACUACUUCAGGUCGACGCCGAUGAAGGAGCUUGCUUGUGGGGAUAACUCUGGCGGUGUGAUGGACAUGAUUUCCACUUGUGAAGCUGCUGCGGGGAACCGAUGGGCCAAUUUCGUGGCCGUCGACUACUAUAAGAGAAGUGAAGGUGGAGGAGUGUUUGAAGCUAUGGACACUCUGAAUGGGAAGCUGCUCUGUGGGUGCAAUGACGUUCAUGGCUGUGUGGUAAGCACUAGAACUAGUGAUCAUGGCUUACAAAUUUUGUUAUUCAAACGAUGACAUGUAUUACAUGUGAAACUCGACUAUUAACGGUUACACCUAAUGUUUCUAGUCCGAACAAACUCAUAUUCGUCCAUUCGCGAUUGGGUUGAAUGUUAAACGAUUUUAUUAGAGUCUGCUCAUUUGACUCGUGAUUGAGUACGAUAUAACGAGUCGCGAUAAAUACAAUGUGUCCCUGGAUGGAUGGGUAUCUCUAAUCACACUGACCUUGCUUGCGUGUACUUUGUAGGCUGGAUCAGAUUCAGCGGCCUGCAAUCCUUAACAUUUUGCGGCCCAAUGUGGAGGCCCACAGUUGCAAUUUUUGGAUAGAAUUCAAGCAACAACAGAAAACAUGUAUGUAUGUAGGAAAUCACUCAGCAGUCAGCACAUGAACUUCAAAAAGAAGCUAUACAAUUCUUUAUUGUUAUCACCUCAAACAUCAUUAGUGUGGAUUAUUUGCAAAUCCUUGAAUGAAAAAAAAAGAGAGAAAAAAAAUUGUGUCAUUGUUUGGGGGCUCUAAUACUUGAGCUUAUGUAACUACUAAAAUAGAUGAGCAAGUUAUGUGUAAAGUAUCGAUAUGUGAUAGUAUUCAACAUGUUACGAGAUUUUAAUUAUUUA